UUGUGUCAGGCGCGGUGGACGGUGCAUUUUCGGGGUAUAUUGUAUUGUUUGGCUAUUGAAAGCGAUUGAUCGGUGCAAAUAAAAAAAAAGGAACCGAGAAUCGUAAGUUGUUUGACUACGGCGCGCACGUUGCUGCAGUCUGUGCUCGGCGGUCGUUUCAGUUUCCGAACCGUUCCGACGACGACGACGAAGACCAGGAAGGGGGACGGGCGAGAGAGAGUGGAAGUUUAAAUCCCAUAUCUGUCGGUACCACCACCCACAGAGGAGCGCGGCGGGUGCUGCCAGGGGGGAGGUGAUAGCCAGUUUUUCGCACUACAUACCGUCGACCGUACCGAGAGCCAUUCAAUCGUAGCUCGUCGAAGCGGAAGGAUUGUUUCGUGGCUCUAACGACGCGUUUCCCCCAAGUGUUUGAAGAUAAUAAUCAGCUGAGGUUCUGUGUGCUAUUGUUGCUGGCUUAAUAUCUAGUCUGUGACUGACUCCCCACGGUCGGAAGUGUCGGUAUUUUUUUUUCCGCGCUAUAAAUCGUAAAUAUAUCAACCGAUUGUGGUCCGAUUAUCCACGGUUUGUUAAAGAACCUGAAAGGAUCCGUUGGAACGUGAGCCGAAUAAGUGAGUGAAUCUAAAGGGCGAAAAAGAGUCCUGGUAAACUGAUUGUUGGUUGUAGAUAACGGUUGUGGGGGAACCCUCCGAAGAAAGGAUUGUUGGUCGAAGAUUUUUGUGACCGCUCCCCAGUUUCUGCAGAAAAACGAUAAUCCUCGUUAUUAGGGAAAAAGCACAGACCGCAAACCUCGUUAAACAUGCCAAUCUCCGACUUUCGCAAGAAGAAGCUGCUGUAUGUGUUCAACGUGUUUUUCGACGUGAACCAGAGCGGCGAAAUUGACCGCAAAGACUUCGAGCUAGCCAUCGAGAAAAUCUGCGAGCUCCGCGGCUGGCCGGUGGGCAACCCGCGAAAUACGGAAACCCACGAGUCCAUGUUCAAAAUCUGGGACGGUCUGCGCUCCAAGGCGGACAAGGAUAACGAUGGACAGGUCUCCGUCGAGGAGUGGUGCAAAAUGUGGGACGAGUAUGCACGGGAUCCUGACUCGGUGCUCGACUGGCAGCUGAGAUACAUGAACUUCAUGUUCGACCUCGAGGACGCUUCCAACGAUGGUGGCAUUGAUGCGGAGGAAUUCUCCAUCGUAUGCUCCAGCUACGGGCCGGAUAAGCAAGAGUGUCAGCAAGCCUUCCGAAAGAUGGCACAGGGUUCCGACGAGGUCAACCGGGAACAGUUUGCCGAAUUGUGGCGUGAGUACUUCUCGACCGACGAUCCAACAGCGCCCGGAAACUUCAUCUUCGGCAAAACGGCAUUUUAACGUAGCUAAAUGGACGACCGGUAAUCUAGCUGCUAGCAAGCACCCUUCGAACAACCAGUUCCGAGUUACGGUGGAUUUGGAUCCCCUCUAGCGUCAGCGGUUGGCGAUAGUGAAUGUAAACAAAAUAAAAAAAAGAGAGAGACACUUAUCAGUAGAACAAACCGAAAUCGGCGAAAAGAGAUCCAGUUUCAAUUUCGUUGAAAUUUACUAACGGUUGGUAGGUUGCGUUAUUUUUCCUCUAGCGUUCAGUUCCGAUUUUUUAUAGAAUCCAGUUCAAAGCAGUGAAAUUGAAACACACAUUUUAGAACAUCAAAAAUAAAGCUGACAGUCGCCGUUGUUGGCGACGACAACGAUAACGACGACGACUACGACAACGUCGAAGAAGUGAUUUGGUGCUUUCGGUUCGGUGCUCGACUCAGGAAACAGCAGGCGUUUUCAAAUUUAUGUACCUACCCCUGAUGCCUGUGCAAUGCAUCAAUCAGUUGGUUGGCUGCUGUCCCGGUGGAUGUCGCUGCUGUGUUAGCUUGGCGUUGAACGCUCAAAUCGGUUUACUGUCAGUCGGGGGUCGUUUUUCGUUUCGCGUCAUGAAUAAAGAAUAUCGCUUGAUGACUAGUUUUUGGUGGGGAGGGAAAGUGCACUGGAUUUAGCUAUUCUGUACCAAAAAGGGCAUUUUUUCUACACGAUUUUGGUUGCAACUGAAGCAUCUGAAAUGGGGGGACUAAAAUGAUUCUCGAGACGUGAUUAUAAUAAAUUGUAAAGCGCAGAGUAUGAUAAAUCGUUGUCCAGUGGAACAAGUUUUUCGGCUAGGUUUUUUGUUUCUCAACAAGCCCCGCAAGGGUAACGUGCUUUAUCUUCCAUUCUCGUUUGAUGCAAAAGGGAGGAACACAAGCGUGAAAGGUGAAUUCUAGGUUAGGACACUCAUUCUAUCUAUUCUUUGCUGUCUUCACAUUGCACAGCUAAAUCCACGAGAAAGUUUUUAUCGAUUAUGUCAUGGUUAAUUUUUUGUUCGGUUUUCAUACAUGCUCGAUGUUUGCUUGUUCGUAGGGUUACUUUGUUUUGAUUUGACAGUUCUGCGAUGUUUAUCAUAGCUUACUUUGAACAACAGAAAUUGGUUUUCUUCUAAGUUCUUUGAUACAAUUUAUGUUACUUUUAAUGAGUAUGUUUGUUUGCAUAGUAGCAAGGUGAAGCAGUGGAAUCUUAUUGUGCUCUAUACGGUUUUUUUUGGCUUCAUUCGUUGCGUAACUGUUUUUGUAAGCUGUGAGCUUAACUAGUUAUAUUCCAGCGAGAGAUAUAUGGAGAGAAAUUCAGACAAAAUGGGAACCUUCAAUUCCAUUGUUAAAAUCUAGCAGUGCUCCCAAAAAAGGUCGAUUGGCUUGGCUGACUCAAGAAUUUUACAGUUUCACUGGCUCAGGAUGGUGUCUCCGCAUAUCUCUUCCUGGAGGAAACUAGGCCAAACUACCGAAUUCGAUCACAUGACAGAUGGGGAUGCUAGUAGUGUAGAACGAAAUUGCUCGCAGCUCUAACAACUGCCCAAUUGUCAAAGUAAAUUUGUCAUACGGUCUUGACAUCCAGCAGAUAUUUAUUUGGUUUGUUGAGCAUCUCUGGCGCUGUUAUCUGAAUUUUUAUGAGAUUCUAACAACGAGAAUUCGGACGGGCCAAUGAAACGUUGAACAAUCGGUGUAAAUAGGUGUCCUUGUUUCCUUCGCUUCAGACAUACAGAAAGAAGUCUCAUAUUUGACCUAAAGAUAUCUCGUGCUCCGCGUCAAGGUAUUCGAUAUAUUUCUCCAGUUCCUCUUCAACAGAUAACACCAGACGGAUAUCUUCAAUAUACGCUAUUAUGAACUCUCCUAUCAUCUUGGCAUCCAGAUAAUGCACAGCCUACUUCCGUUUCGAGGCAACCACGGUAGAUGUUCUUAACGUUGAUUAUCGGGUAACGGGCGCGAAGGACCUUCCACGAAGUCUUCUCUAUAGCUGGGAGUGUUCGGGUGCAACAAUCCGCACAUUGCAUUUAACGACUUCGAUCUGCUCGGUGUGCUUUUCCUUAUAAACUCAUUAAACCCAUCUCGGUUCAAUGGUUUACCUUCCAAUAAGUUCAGCCGGUGGAACUGCAAUUCUUCGUUAAUUGUCAAAUGUCAUACUCGUAAUCCUGCAGUUAUCGAGGAGCUACGCCCGAAUUUUGUCAGCCAGAUCCUCUAGCUUCUUCCAGGUUCGCGAAUUGUAGGACUCUCCCGAAUCCAUUUCUCCGCCAACUGCUCUUUCAUUGUCGGAAUCUUCUUCUUCAAAUCAAAGACCACACAAAUAAAGAAGUCAGGCAACUCUGUUCAGAAUCUGGGGACAGUAGCUGAAAAAUCUCUUCGAGUAAAAAAGGGUUCUUUCUACAGUGACGUCUGCUUUUACAACCUUCGUACAAUAGAGGCGCUGUAACCUUUGUAGCUUCCCAUCUGUAAAGGGUAAGGAAAAAGAUGUCAGUCAUCGGGCAUACGUUGUCUAAGCUUAAACGAAAUCGACUUGAUUGCUUCCUUGGGCUGUUAUGCACUCAUGUUUACCUGUGUCAAGGGAAAUUCUGUGGGCACCGAGCUCGAUAAAACAGGCGUCACGAUUCACGGCAUUGGUGUCUGUUUUCGGCACUAGAAAGCGGUAACCCUUUUGAUUCACACAACACCCGACAAACGUUCACGAAUCUGAACAACUACUUCACUCGCUAAAAACCCGAAUGAGGCUCAUAGCACGAACGGUGUCCUUUAAGCAAUCGCGAAGUCAAUUUGUUUUGGAGGUAUGUGGGAAGCAAGAAUUGCCAGGCUUCUACCACCAUGAACGUUGCAGAGGCACCUAGGGCGCCCUGACAAAUAGGGUCCGCCGAGCAAAUAAGAAUCCAAGUACACAAAUGCUUCAGUCAUACCCUCAUGACUAAUCGCGGUCAAAAGAACACCUGAUCUUGUCCUCAAGCAAACAUAACUUUUAUUUCCCUUGUUGUAGACACUUUUAUUUCCCAUUUUCUUACUAAGGUAGGAUACCUUAGCACUUUUCUAUGCCUCGCUCUUCUUCUGGGCCCCUUCUUAACUCAAGCUCGUUGUCACUACUACUCCACCACUGUUUCCGUCCAUCGGCCCUGCUUUCUAUGGCACCGGUACGUCGCUACCAGAACUCUGUCCCCGACCCUGAAGUAUGUUGAUAGACUCGAGUUUCGACGAGAAUGGUUACAAUAUAUUGGUAUAACAGUCGAGGCUCAAAAUCGAUUAAUCUAGGGUUAACUACCUGGAAGCCUGGAUUCUCUUGUUGGCAAUCCAUUUUCUUAUUUCUGCUACUCGUACUUCACUCUUUUGCCUUUUUAAUUGCCG